GGCUGUGCUGGGGGUAUGGCGGGGGGCCCAAGGCAUACUCCACGUCCCCACACCCCGCGGACACUCAUCUAAGGGGAGCGUUGAUCCUGGCUGAUCCUGGGCAAGGAGCUUCAAACCCCUGGUUUUCUCAUCUGCAAGAUGGAAAGAACUAAGGUUUGAGGAGGCACCAGGGAGUGUGGCCAUUGGUGGCCUGGGCCCAGGACACCACUUGGUGGCUGCCCCUGAGCCACAGGACCACUUUCCAUUGAACCUACUUCAAAAUGACACCCGAGUCUUCUGGGACUACAGGAGGCCAGGCAUUGGUGUCUCUGGCAAAGAUUCCAGCUCAUCCUGGACAGGGUGACAGAGUGAACAUCCCUGGAGGAUUACCCCCCUCCAGAGGCCUAUGGGGUGGCCCAUCCGCCUUGGCACAGUACAGAGGAGUGGGCAGAAUGGUGGUGGUGUUGGCCUCCUGGCCCAGAGUUCACCAUCCGACCACCCCUUCUGAGACACCAAGUCCACUGAGGCCUUCUGCUUUUUUUUUCAGAUGCUGGGAGACUGCCCCACCCCCACCCCCUGUCAGAAGAGCCCUAGCACUCAUAGAGGCUGAGCUGGGUCUAGCUGCCACCCCGGCCCAGGACCCGAUCACCCUCACCCCCAAAUGCUAAAGAAGUUGCCACAUAGGCAUACACACACAAGAAAGCAGGAAGCACAGCCCAAGCCUCCAGCAGCAACUUGGCCUAGGCCUCCCAGGUGAAGCCCUACUGAGUUGGCCUGGACCCUGGUUGUCUAUAGGGGCCCUUGGGAAGGAAGGGGGUCCCCACGGGGUAUCAGAUGGUACCCCCAACUGCCUGCACCAACAACACUCACUGGCUUCCUCACGGCUGGAGGUGGAAGAUCAUUUAGACCCACACCCUGUUCUGCGUGGGCCCCUCCUGCCACCACCUGGAUGCCCUACCCAUCUUCAUGAGGCUUGGGAGCUAGUGCCCCUCACCCCAGAGACCAAAGAUUCCUGUUAGGGACACCGCGGGCAGGCUGAUCAGGCACUGGCUUGCCAGCCCCCGCCCCCACCCCAGCAGGGCUCCAGGGAGUGUGCUUUUACUGGGGAAGUGGAGGAAGACCAAAGUGGGGUGGCAGAGUGAUGGCCUCUGUGUGUGGCCCGGCGUGGGAAACCACCUGCUGACGGUCAGCGGAACAGCAGAGCAGCCUCCCCCCAGGGCCUCCCGUGGACCAGGGCCCUGCAGGGGAGGACCAGGAACCUCCACAACCUGAGACCCUCGGCCUUCCAGACCCCAAGCUCCCCCUGGGUGCUUCAGUCCACUUUCCAGGGCCAGGAGCCCUGAGCACAGCAGGGAAGGAGUGGGUGCAAUUCUGUGGUGCAGGGGAGGGGCGGAGAAGGCCAGGGACACCCACCCCAAGUCUGACUCCGAUGGCUGGUCCCCCACAGUGGCCCUGGGCUAGCCCCCCAACUGAAGCUCCCCUUUUCUGGAAGGGAGGGGGUGGGUGACCCGGGGAGGUGCAGCCACCCCUGGCAAGGUGGGGGGGGGGGAUGCUCUCCCUCAUGACCCAACCUGCUUCUGGCCCUGCCCUUCCCCACGGUCCACCACGCCCCUGCCAGUGCCCCCACCUGCUCCAUCUCCUGGAUUCUCAUUCUUCCAGUUGUUCCAAAUCACAGCUGCAGGUCCCAUCAGGCCCUAGAACGUGCUCUGAGGGGCCUCCAGGCCUGCCUGCACCCUCUCCCUGGCUGCUGCACCUCCUGGGUGGGGACUGUGCCCCACCCUUCCCAAGGAGAGAAGAUGGAUACAAAGCAGGAAUGUCUACUGGGCCCAUCACCUUCUCAGAGUCUGAUCUCCAUUUUCCACCCAGAUGGUGGAUGGGAGCCAGACUCCGCCGUGCCACUGUCUCUGAAAAUGAUCUUGGAAACCUGGAGAGACUUCAGAGGGUCUCAGGGGCAGCCCCCCAGGAAGGAUGGUGGGACAGGCCUUCUGCUCCUACGCAGGGCCAGAUCUCGGGCAUCAGGGAACCUUCCAGGGUCUGAUGGGGCCAUGCAGAGGCCCCAUCCUUGAGCCCUGGGCACCCCCACUGGGCUCCAGGCCCCAGCCGGGCCAUUCAUCCUGCCCCUGGACUGCCUGUGCCACCCAGCAUCGGCUGCCAGCACCCCGUGGACGGGUUCGGGGGAGCACAGGCUGGGUCGGUUGAAGAAAGCCGAGUCAUGGGACGGACAUUCUGGCUGAGCCUGGGCCCCCCUGACCUGGGGUCCGGCUCCUGACCCCACCGUCCUUAGGGACCUGGAGGCAGGCAGGACUGUCGCAGCCGGUCCUCACUCAUACCACAGCUGGGCCACACCUCCCAUGACUCACGGUGGAGAGGCUGCCUUUCCGGAAGACUGAGGCCAGCGGUACACAGGCCCCUCCCCAAGGUAGGCCACUCCCCUUCCUCCUUGCUUGCCCCUCGGCUUUUCCUCGAAGUCAGUUCAGGCGCCCUGAAAAAUAAACAUAUUGACUACUUGGCUGGCCCAGGCUGUGGGCGGAGAUGUGACGGUUCUCCUACCCUCGGCCACUGAGAACAGCCUGAAGGAUGAAGGACGCUGCAGUCAUCCUCGUUUUACCUAGCCAGUCACGUUUCUGAAGGCGAUGCCUGCAGGUCGUGGACCCCCAAGGCUGGGAGAGCCUUUGCCCACCCUGGUGCCUGGAACAGAGUAGGAACUCCAGGAACGCAGGGCUCAAACUCGGCUCACCUGGGCUGCCCCCUCUCAGGUGAUACCCAGAUUUACAGCUUCCCACUAAUCCCCCUAAUCUCAACUUGGAGCAUCUCAGCCCCAGGGGACAGAGGUCAUGACCCAGCCUGGCACACGGAGGCCCGGGAAAGUUCUCCUGAGAAAAGAACACAUGUGAAGACAGACACAGGAGGAAGGCCACGUGACGACGGAGGCAGAGAGUGGAGUGAUGCAUCGAUGGGCUGAGGGGCACCAAGGACUAGCACCAGUAGUCACCUGAAGCUGGCUGGGAAAGCACUGGCAGGAACAGCUUGGCGACUGGCCCUGGGCAGCCAGAAAGCCAUCAGGGUGGAGAAAACACAGAUGGAGAGGAGAGGCUGGACCAAAGACUGUGUCACCCCGCCUCUGUGCCCAUCACUGCCUCUCUACAGCCCGGACCCCUCCCCUCCCAGGUACAGUACCGCCCCGCUCCGUGCAGCCCCACAUCCCGACCCGUCGGAGCCGCCAACAGCUUCGGGGUUGCGAGACGGGCGGGAUCGUGGAGCCCAGCUGGACGAGGGGCGGCUGUCGCGCCGGGAAGCCUCGGCCGCCUUCCGUCCACCCGCCACCCACUGAUAGUCCUAGGCCUUCCUCCCUCGGCUGCACCUGCGCUCGGGCCGGGGUGGGGGGUGGGGGGGAGGAACCCGGAACCUGGCGUCGGGGCUCGCGUUUCCAGCCGGCGGGAUCCGAGCAGUGCACCAAGCGCGCCCGGAUAACGGCAGACGGACUCGGGUCACCAUGGCAACGCCGCGGGACCGGAGGCUGCUCGUAGCAGGCGUUCUGGUGCGCGGCUUGUGGGAUCUUAGUUCCCCAACCAGGGAUUGAACCCAGGUCCUUGGCAGUGAAAGCACGGAGUCCUAACCACUGGACCGCCAGGGAAUUCCUGAUUCCUUAUUGAUUUUAAGUUUUGCUGCCGACAUGCUGCCCCCGCCCACAGAGCAGGCCCUGAAUGCCCUGCUGGCUCGCAAGGAGGAGGAGUGGCGAGCACUGCAGGCCCAGCACUCCCAGAUGCAGGAGGCAGCCCUGCAGGACGCUCAGCGCCAGCUGGAGGAGGCACAGGGGAAGCUGCGACGCCUGCGGGAGGACUUUGUCUACAACCUGCAGGUGCUGGAGGAGCGGGACCGGGAGCUGGAGCGUUACGACGCUGCAUUUGCCCGGGCCCGUGGGCUGGAGGAGGCCAGGCAGGCCGAGGUGAGCGAGCUCAAGAUCGAGGUGGCCAAGCUGAGGCAGGCGCUGGCCGGCGAAGCCCGGCGGGUGGAGGAUCUGCAGCAGCAGUCCCAACAGAGGCUGCAGGAACACCGCCUGGAGCUGGAGCGGGUCCACAGUGACAGGAACAGUGAGCUGGACCAGCAGCGGGAGCAGUAUGGGAACCUGAAGUGGAAGCUGGAAAGGAGGCUGGAGGAGCUGGACAGCGAACUUGCCCUGCAGCGGCAGGAGCUGCUCCAGGAGUUUGAAUCUGAAAUGCAAAAGCGGGAGCACGCGUUCCGCCUGCAGGCUGACAGCAUGAGCAAUGUGGUCCUAGCACAUGAGCUCAAGAUUAAACUGCUGAACAAAGAGCUCGUGGCCCUGAGAGAGGCUGGGGUGAAGGCUGCGGAGUCCCUGCAGAGCGCCGAGGUGGUGAAUGCAGAGCUGGAGGAUAGGCUGCAGCACAGAGACUGGGAACUCAGGGACCUGGCUGCCGUGAAGGACGCCCGGAUAAAAGACUUAGAGGGUAAACUUCACUCUGUGCAGCUCACCAAGAAAAAAGAAGAGGAGACGUUUAGGAGGAAGCAUGAGGAGCUGGACCGUCUGGCCAGGGAGAGGGACACGGUGCUGAUGGCAGCGAAGAGCGCCCAUGCGGAGCAGCUGCAGGCGGUAGAGGCCAGGGCCCUGGAGCUGCAGGUGAACUGCGAGAACCUCGAGGUGCAGCUCCGCAGGGCUGAGUGGAGGCAGGCGGACACCAUCAAGGAGAAGGACGCCACCAUUGACAAACUUCGGGAAGAUGCAUCAGCUCUAAAAUCCGGCUGGGAUGCCCAGAUUGCUCAACUUUCCAAGGAGAUGAUCUCCAAAGACCUUCAGGUUCAGUCGCUGCAGGAAGAAGAGGUGAAGCUGAAGGCACAGCUGGCCAGAUGCCAGCAGGACAUUGGAAGGUACAAACAGCAGCUGUCUCUGGCAGUAGAGAGGGAGCAGAGCCUGGAGCGUGACAAGGUGCAGUUGGAGCUGGACUGGCAGCGCCGCUGCGAGGGUGCCGAGCGGGAGCAGUACCGGCGGGCUGAGGACUUGAUUCAGGGCCUAACCACAGCCAGAGACCAGGUUGCUGCCAAGCUGCAGGAGACAGAGCGGGUGCUGUGUGGCCAGGAGGUGGUGCUGAAGGCCGUGACCCGAGAGAGAGACCAGGCUGUGCAGGCGCUGCGGACACACGGGCUCCACCCUGAGGAGGAGGCGCAGAUGCUUGUAAGGCAUCAAGAAGAAGAAAUAAGCAAAAGUUUUCCAUCUACUGUGAUCCAGCAGCUGCAAGAGCAGAACACAAGCUUGCGAAAUGUUAUUGCACAGAUGAGGAAAGAAAUGGAAACUCUAAGUGAUCAGAUUCUUCCUUCUGCCCAGUUAGGAGGGGAGACCUCACAAACAAACCAGGCUGACCCGAAGGCAGCUGCUGGUUCAGCGGUACCUGAUUAUGUUCUGGCCCUUGAAGCAGAAAUGCGAACUCUAAAGCAUAAAUUUAAAACAUUGGAGGAACAACUAGAAGAUGUGUUAGAUGCUUCGAAGACGACCUCGUCCUGUGCUGGCGUUCAACCCAGUGUCCUGGCCUCCACAGACACCACCGGAGGAGCUGUGCCGGUCGAUGGUCCAUCCACGGGACUGGCGCUCCAGAGGCUUGGAGACAGGGCACAUCUCCUGAGCUUCCUGGUGGCACAACUCAGACAGAAGGUGCUGCGGGAACCCCUGGACAUGGACACCAUCCAGCGAGAGCUUCCCCACGAGCUGGACCAGGUGCACCUGGAGGUUUUGCAGCUGCGGAAGCAUGUGGCUGAGAUUGAGAAGCAUCUCAGGUCAGCCCGGAAGGAAGGCGGGGGUGCUUCAGGCAGGCAGCAACCGCACGCCUCAGACACCGAGGCUGUCGGGGGAGAGGGCCCGGCACGUGGAGGACCUGCGGGGACCGAGGACCAGGAGGCACAGCUCCCUCAGGCCCUGUCUGUGCCCCGACUCCAGAGGAAGCUCAAGGAGGCAGCCAGGAAAAUCCUGCGGCUGCGCCUGGAGAAGGAGCAGCUCCUGGAGCUGGGGAACCGGCUGCGUGCGGAGCUGGGCCACCUCACUGGGAAGCUGCCUCAUCACCCCCUUCCUACCCCUGAGGCCCAGGGUUCAGGUGAGGCACCUGAUGCACGCUUGGGACCAUUGCAACCCCGUCUCACAACUCAGGACUCUAAGAAUGCCAAGAAAGAAUGUUUCUCCGAACGCUCAGGAGAGAGCCAAGCCCACUUGGCACAGACAGUCUGCAGAAGGGAUGCUGAGCCAGGCUGCACAGCGGGGCCAGGGCUGAGGCAACACAGAAUCUCCACAGUGACUUGCAGAUCAGCUCCUCAGAAAGAAAAUCAGUCCCCAAAGCCACGCCUGGCUCAAGAAUUCCAGGAGGAAAAUGGCCACCACACCCAAAGGUUCUCAUCACUUGCCAGCAGUUCCCUCCAAGACACAUGGAAGUUACUGGACCUGGGAUCUAGCCCUUCUGGCCUCACCUCCCAGGACGACUUGCCUCCAGAGCACCCAGCACCUCCAGCAGCCUACAGCCUCCAACACCCCGAGGGGAGCUCCCUGGUGCCUUGGGCGGCCUUUGCCGUCGAAGGGAUGAAGAUGGAAGCCCAAGCAAGGGGCAAGCCUGCCAGACACCCCAGGGUUCAUCCUGCAAAACCUAAAGGCUGCCAGCAGCCCCCCAAGAUUCGUAACUACAACUCCAAGGACUGACCUCCCCGCCCCUCCUCCUCCC